UUAAAUACGGAUAGUAAACGUGUUAUACGGGUUUGUACGCGUUUAGUAUGAGAGCCAUCAAAUGAACAAAAAUAAAUGAAACGACUUGAAAAUAAUAUGGAUACAAUAAUUUUAAAUGGAUAAAAUACAUACAAGUACAUAUACGUGUAUUAAAUGGAGUAUUUACUAACUAGGGAUUGUUGUGCAUUCUAUUUAAGACUAACAACCAAAACGGGCCUCGAUAUCCCAUCAAACACGACUAGAGAACUGGCCCAGCCCAAACAAGCCCAAUCAUCCAGCGGAUCCACAGAUUUUCCAAGGGUCAUCACAUCAUAUCCUUCUUUCCCUUUUUUCCUUUCCCACCCAAAUUCCUAAGCGAAGACAGACAGCGAGCCAAAGGACAAAAAGAACAACACCUUUCUACUUACUUCAGUCUCUCUUCCGACGAACUAGAAUAAAAAAAACCUCCAAGAAAAUCCAUCGCCACCGCCCAAUCAACAAUGGAAUCCUUCUUCCAGCGAUGGAAAGCAACAAUCUACUUCACUCUCUCCACAUUUUUGGCCUUCAUGGCCUUCUCCAUCGCUCUCCACUCCACCACCACCACCACCACCACUUCUUCUAGCCCCCAGCCUCCUUCCCCUUCUCCUCCGCCGGCGACAACCCUUCCCCGGCUCUCCUCCAACGCUUCCACCUCUCUCCGCCGCGCCGGAUUCUCCCUCGCCGCCUCCCUCCUCCAAUCCUCCCCUCACUCCUUCUCCUCCUCCUCCUACCCACAAUCCACCGUCUUCGCGAUCAAAGACUCUGCCUUUUCCUCAUCGGCCGCCGCCAAUCCCCGGCUGCUAAUGAAGCAACUUCUCCACUACCACACUUCUCCCCUCCGCCUCCCCAUGUCGGAGCUACUCAAAAUCCGGAGGGGGACCCGCUUCCCAACUCUCGUUCCCGGCAAGAACCUCGUCCUCACCAAGAUCGACGCGAAAAGCCGAGCGGCGGAGAUCAAUCACGUCAAGAUUUCCCAUCCCGACGUCGUCAUCGAUGGGUCCCUCGUGAUUCACGGCGUCCUCGAGCCAUUCUCGUCACUGGAUUCCGGCGAGCACACCGCGAUGGAUUCCGUCGGUUUUAGGGAUUUGGGCUACUGGCCCAAAAUCAUCCGAUCGCUGAGCUCUAAGGGGUUCGUCUCCUUCGCAAUCGGAUUGAACUCUGUUCUUGACGGCAUUCUUGACGAUUACCGGCACCUGAAUUCCGUCACCGUUUUCAGUCCACCGGAUUUCGGGUCCGUCGCAUCUUCUUCUCCGAUGCUCGGCAGGAUAAUCAGAAUUCACAUCCUGCCUCAGAGGAUUUCGUACAAGGAGCUCGUCGUAUUGCCAGAUAAAUCGCCGUUGAAGACUCUGCUUCCGGGUCAGGAUCUCGAGUUAAAAAAGGCUGGUAAAUUCACUGAAUUGAAUGUCACGGCAGCGAGAAUGAGAGUCAACGGAGUUGACAUUGUGGCGCCUGAGAUAUUCUCGUCUGGUAAGUACAUUGUUCAUGGGAUAUCUCGAGUUCUGGAUACUGCUGACGCGUCUAAGAAGUCUAGCUAGUUGGUUGCUGCGGGAAGAACUGCUGUACAGUAAGAACUCAGAGCUCUCUGUUUUUGGUGACUGAGGGGUAACUUGGUUGCUUUCCAGCUGCAGCAUUGUUAUGAUUUUGUCUCUGUAUAGGGUGUAAUUAGUGGAGAACAGAGGCAAAAACUCGAAAGGUGUGAUUUUGCUACAUUUGUACCAAUACUGCUAAUUGUGGAUCUCAUUCUUCAAUACAAAGUGAAACUUAGUUGAUAUACCAGAGUUGCUUCUUGUAGAUAGAAAAUACUAUUGAACAAAACUACCAACUCCACAGGCUUGGUUCCAGUUCAAAAGACCAUUCCUAAAUUCCCAACCUUGGAGGGAUGAUCAUAUUCCAAGUCUCAUUGAGGUGCUCCAUUCAGCAGUCCGAUCAAACGUGUCUUCCAGUCUGUAUGGAUGUGAACCUUCCACAUAGGAAAUCCAACUCCUCUCUUCUCCAUCGCCCCUCGAUUAUUCCUUGCAAUGAGUUCUUGGAUUUGUGUGUUCAUCGUCCAAGAGAAGUUGGAAGAAACAACAAAGAUAAUGCUUUACAGAAGCUGCCUACGCCAAGUAACAGCCUCGUGCUGGUAAGCUUUCUCAACUCCCAACCUUGCAAAAGACCGAUUGGGAUGAGAUGCAAUAUGGUUCCACAACCAUAAUGUGGACAAACCGCGAGUUUCUUCAGUCAUCUAAACCAUUUACAGGCAUAGCACAAUCAGCAUCUCUCAUAAAUAAGCAUUCAGGAAGCUACUUGUUGUCUACACUUUAAGGAGUUUGCUUCUACCCUACCACCUGCAGAUUGAUCAACGAACGAGGGUUGAUCAGGCAGUAAAACAAUUUCAACAGU